AAUGUUUGCAGUUGGUGUGCACGGGAACAGGCAAGCGAGUUUUGCCAGCCUGACAGAGUACUGCAGUUUAAAUAGGUCAGGCGCUGUUGCAGUGAAUUGUGGCGUUUGUUUUUGUAUUUUGAACGGUAUUCUCAAAGGUGUCUCUCAACACCAGACUACUGCAACAGUAACGGGAUAUAUCUGGAUAUUUAAAAAUUUGCAGAACUUUCAAAGAUGUUGAAGGAGUGCUUGCAGUUUUUCAUAGAACCUGCAAAGAACUUGAAGACAGUCCUGAAGGAGACUCUAAGAAAAGUCUCGCGGCGUGAGAAGAGGGAUGACCGGGUCCUGGAGGAGUGCCAGCUCUUCAUCAUGGAGCUGGCCAGAGAGCUCAACAGAGCCUGUGAGAACUCGGACAUACUGAUCGGAGUUUGGAUGAGUGAAGAUACCUGGAGUCCUGAGGAGUGUCGUUGUUUUAUUGUGGAAUGGGCGGCACAGCUGGAGUCUAAGCAAAGGCUUCAACAGACGCACGGUUGGCCGGAGAAAGUGGAUAUCUCUGGACGAGCUGUGGAAAAGCAGAGAGAGGGGGAUGAGCGAGGUGUGGAGGAGGGUCAGCGCAUCAUUGCAGAGUGGGCAAGAGGGCUGAAGAGCACAUCUCAGCGCUGCGUGUGGCCUGGAGAGAGUGUGGCCCUGAUUCUGGAGGACCUGGAGAUGCAGUGGAAGCGUGGGCGCCUCCCCAACCUCAUCCCUGCCAUGGAGUUCAUCAUGUGGGCCCUGCUUGUGGAGGACGUGGACAAGGGAACUAUUCCACAGAUUUGGCUUUCUACAAAGCAAAGAUCCCGGAAAAGUGAUGCUGCAAAUUACAUCCCUAACACAGUCUGGAAGUGGAUCCGCAGUGCAUCAGAUGAUGUGACUUUGGACCCUGAUACAGCAAACCCUGAUCUUAUCCUAUCUGAGGAUGAGAAACGAGUGAGAUGUGGAUACGAACGUCAGGACCUCCCAAACUAUCCAAGGAGAUUUGAUGGCUGGUGGUGUGCUCUAGGCAGGGAGGGAUUCACCUCAGGAAGACACUACUGGGAGGUAGAGGUGGGGGGAUUGAGAGACUGGAGACUAGGAGUUACUAGAGAGUCUGCACAGAGGAAAGGGUACAAGUCAUUAAACACAGAGUCAGGUUUCUGGACUCUGAGGCUGGAGAGGGGCAGUGAGCUCAAGGCUCUUGCUGUCCCCUACACGCCUCUCCCUGUGAGCCUCAUUCCCCAGAAGGUGGGUGUGUAUCUGGAUUUUGACGAAGGGCAGCUCUCAUUUUACAAUGUGGAAAGGAGAUCUCAUAUCUACACUUUUAGCGACACAUUUAAUGAGAAACUUUAUCCACUGUUUGGCACUGUAGACAUUGCCAAAGAUCUGGUAAUAAAGUCUUCUAUUAACUUUGCAGAACACUACUAUUGUACAGGGCAGUGUUUAUGGUGUUGAGCCUUACUGGUAGGAUAAAGCAAACACAGCAACAUUUCCACACUGUCCAAUAUAAACAUAACAAAAAAAAGAGUAGGAAAAAGCGCACUGUAAAAACUAGCUUUGGUUUUAAUGAACUGUGUCAAAUUGCUGCUUACAUGGUUGUUUAACACGUAGUAGUUUAAUGUAUUUAUAGUGUUAAGGACAGGUUUAAGAUGCCAGGAAAAUAUUGUUAUAUUACUGCUUGUAUCCUGAAUGUAUGUCUGUAUUAAUGAUGUAAUUUGUGAUCAAUAAAUAAUAGAGUUGAAA